UGUCCCACUCCAGUCCCAAGCUGGACCCAGAAUCACAUCCAGUCACUCAACCAGCAGAAGAUUCUGUGAUACCCUCACCAACAGACACACAGGUAUGGUCAGAAAUUGACCAUGCAUCUCCUUCAACCAGCGAAUGUGUACCACCAAAAAGAACAGAGUGUGUAUUUGUUGCUUUCCAAAACAUGGACACAGAUUCCAGCUCUGCAGAAGAUGGGAAUGUGUCCCACUCCAAUCCCAAGCUGGACCCAGAAUCACAUCCAGUCACUCAACCAGCAGAAGAUUCUGUAAUACCCUCACCAACAGACACACAGGUUGCUUUCCAAAACAUGGACACAGAUUCCAGCUCUGCAGAAGAUGGGAAUGUGUCCCACUCCAGUCCCAAGUUUAAAAAACAAAUGCUUGGAUAUGAUUCUGAAGACUCACUAAGCAGCAUGGAAAUAACAGAGGAUGAAUAUGUGCCAGGGUCUGAUUGUGAAAGUGAUACCAGCUCAGAGGGAGGCAGUAUAUUAAAGAAAAAUUCUGCCACCAUGGCCAGUCCUGCUGUUAAAAAUGAAACAAGAAAAACAUACAAGGGACAUAGAAACCGGAACUCUAAAUCUGACACAUCUGGGGAAAGCUCCAUUACUUCACUUACAGUCAUGCACAGUCAAAAGACUGACGAUGGAUCUAGAAGAUACACCAAAAAACAUUACUGUCUCUUUUGUGAGAAACCACAAUCCAAAAUCGCCAGGCAUCUGGAACUUGUUCAUGGAGAUCAAUCUGAAGUCGCUAAGGCCAUUUCAUCUCCAAAGAACUCCAAGGAAAGAAAGCUCCAACUGACUAUACUAAGGAAACAGGGGGACAGAGCACACAAUGUAGAUGUCAUUAGAAAGGGAAAAGGUGUCAUUGUUCCAUGUAAACAAACAAGUUCUCCAAAUGUCAAUCCAAAUAAAUUCUUACAUUGUGCAAAUUGCCAAGGACUUUUCAAAAAAAGAUUUCUUUGGAAACAUAUGAAAAGGUGCCCACUUCGAGGUGUUCUUCCAAAACCGGGUAGAACUCGAGCCCAAUCGAUUUGCGCCUUUGCGCAACCUGUGCAGGAAGGAGUUAGCAAGGGACUGUGGAAACUUCUCAGUGACAUGAAACAAGGUGAAGUGGUAGAUGUCAUAAAGAGUGACCAUUGUAUCCUCAAGUAUGGCGAACAGAAAUACAACCUCAUGGGACACCGGCGUUCUGAUCAUGAACUGAUCCGUCAGAAAAUGCGUGAGUUAGGGAGACUGGUUUUAAAAGGAAGGCAGGUGUCCCCUCUCAAAUCACUUGAGGAGUACAUUGAUCCAGCCAACUUCCAACACACAGUUAAUGCAGUUAAAGCUGUUACAGGCUUUCAGUGUGAAACAAAUAAGAUAGCAGUGCCAACGCUAGCCAACAAACUUGGUCAGAGCCUCAUGAAGGUUGCCGACAUUGUAAGUUGUGAUGCAAGGAUCUCCGGUGACACAACAAAAGUUCAAAAAGCAGAGGACUUCAAACACAUCUAUCAGACACGCUGGAGGGAGAUGAUCUCAUGUCAUGCUCACAAUACCCUGGAAGAAAAAAGGUACAACGCUCCACUGAUCUUGCCAUUUGCAGAUGAUGUCAAGAAACUCCAUAUAUAUUUAAAGGAGAAACAGCAAGAAUACUACAGCACACUUUUUAAUGCACCGAACACCAAGACCUGGGCAAAACUGGCUAAAGUCACUCUUGCACAAAUGAUCAUCUUCAACAGAAAAAGGCAAGGAGAAGCCUGUCUGAUGCCAGUACAAUCAUUCGAGUCUCGAGACAAAUCUACUUUAAAUAGUGAUAUUGCUGACUCUCUCUCAGAAGUUGAACAAGCACUAUGCAAGUACUUUAGUCGUGUAGAAAUCCGUGGAAAACGCGGAAGGAAAAUUGCAGUACUUUUGGCACCGGAAAUGAUCAAAUCCAUGGAGUUGCUGGUUAAAACACGUGAAGUUUGCGGUGUUCCGAAGGAGAACAUCUACAUGUUUGCAAUCCCAGGCUGCGAGACAUCAUUUCGUGGAUCAGACUGCCUGCGCUGCUUUGCCAUGGAGUGUGGUGCUAAAUGUCCAAAAGCCCUAUCGUCCACCAAGUUGCGCAAACACAUCUCUACAAUGUCCAGAGUUCUUAACAUGAACGACACAGAAAUGGACCAACUUGCUGAUUUCCUGGGACAUGAUAUUCGUAUCCACAGGAAAUAUUACAGAUUACCCGAGGGAACACUCCAGCUGGCAAAAAUCACCAAAGUAUUGAUGGCAAUGGAGCAGGGAAGGCUUAACGAAUUCAGAGGGAAAGGUCUUGACCAGAUCAGCAUCAAUCCAACAGAGUGCGUUGAGCCUGGUCCUGGGAUAGAGAGUGAAACCGAACUGUCAGAUCAUUCUCAUGAUGUGACGUCAAGUGAGACAGCAGGCACUUCAGGAGUGAAUAGCAGCAGGCCAGUAAACACGAAUGAAGGAUCUCCGGAGAGGACACGGGAGGUCAUGAAAGUAACAUCAGUUCCUAGGAAGAGAAAGUGGAGUGAGGUGGAGAUUGCGGCUGUAGAAGAGACAAUGAUGAAAUUUAUUCACUCGGGAGUUACUCCUGGAAAAGUCGACUGCGUUGCAUGCAUUACAGCAGCCCCCAAAGCCCUCGGUGAACGAGACUGGCAGGCGGUGAAGUAUUAUAUAAAAAACAGAAUCACAGCAUACGAGAGAAAGACCUCAAAAAAGUAAGGUGGAUUUUGAAUGUUGAUUCCGUUUUUGCGUUUUAGUUGAUUUAUAUUGUUUUGUUUUGUUUUGGUCUCAAUACCAUUGUUGGAAACAUUAUAUUGUAAUUUAAGUUUUGAAAGAGUUAAGACGGCUCGAUGUUGGUUGUAAAUUUGGUGCUUGGACUUCUUUUUUUUAAGUCUGCUGGCAAAAUGCUGUGUCAGGUGAUAAGGAGUUGGUGUAAAUGUUCAGUAGCCAUACGACAGAGUGAGUGCCUAUAGUUUUCAAUGCCUUUAUUCAGGCCCCUUUACUUUUCACAUUUUAAUUUUAAAUUGAUUAAUUUAUUUUCUGAUGGCACAUCAUAAAAACUAUAUGUUGUAAUAUCUGGUGGCAAGCACGGAACCCAUACUGUACUGAUUAAAUUUGGCUGUAGAUUCAAUUUGUAUCAAGGUCGUUUUUAUUUCUCUUGGAUUUUUUUUUUUAAUGACUUAAAGAUUAAAUUCUUAGAGCAUUUCAAAACAAGACAAAAAAAACUCCAUUCCACUGAUAAUGUUCAUAAUUUUAGACAAUUUAAGAAUUGUAGCUCUGAUCUAACCUUUCCGAAUGUGUUAUUACUGGUUAACUACAGGAUACUUAACUUUACCUCAAACAUAAUACAUACUUUUAAAAGUAACCUUACCAUGUAUACGUUUAAUGGGUUUUUUGUGUGUAUCUUCUUGUUUGUGCUCUGUCAGUAUAAGGGUCGGUGUUUGUAAAAGCACUCUGUGACAACUUGGUUUUAAAGGGCUUUAUAAUAUAUAUUAGAUUGACUUUGAUAAGAGCAGCUAAAUCACAUUCAACGAAUGUCUCUCAUGGGUCAUAAUAAUCAGUAAAUGUAGCAACUGAAUUGUGUAAGAAUGAGUUAAAUGCAGUAUAUGAUUGUGGCAGUCUUAGUGGACUGAAAUGACUUGCAGUUGAAGAAGUUAAAGUUCAUUUUUGAAGUCAAGCUGAACUAACUUGUUAAACCACCCUAUUUUUAACAAACCAAUAUAACUUCCAGAAAUACCAUUAUGAAUUGGCCAGCUGGCCAUAUUAUGACCUUUCUUUGUCUGUAGAUUACACUGGUUUGUCCCCAGAUUGGACAUUCCAUGUGUACUUACUCAUACACUAGUUGGUCAGGGUUUUGUCCCCAGAUGGGACUUCCGUUAAUGCCCAUAUAAGGAGUUGUCCCCGUGUCCCCACAUGUGUUAACCUGACCUGUCCCCAGAUUAUCACCUACCCUUAUUUUAAUGAAUUAAUUACAUUUUAAGUGAGAUAUUUAUUAAACUUUUUUUUUUAGAUUUUUUGAUGCGUUUAUCUAGUCUCUAGGAUGUCAGGAAAGUGGUGUCCCCAAAAUGUGGUAAAUAACUGGUGCCCCCACGAGGCACCCCAAACAAGUAUGUGUGUGUGUGUGUGUGUGUGUGUGU